AUGGUCGGCUGUGCACCUUCCUGGGUUUGGCGCUAUAAGCAGAAGGCGCUCUGCCUUCAGGAUAUAGACCGGGAACUCCGUCACAUGGAGCCCGGUUUUAUAUCCAACGAGUACUGCGACAUUGAUAUCCACCCGAUGGAUUUCUGGACUGGGGACACCGAUCCUUCCUUCAUCCAAUACUUCAUCCCCGACAUCGACACCGAAGUCCAAAUCGACAACACCGCCCUCAACCCCGAAGACCCCUUGGAUGACCCCUUCACGUGGGCACGGGAAACGAAGGAAAACAAAGACACCUUCGGCUCCCAAGAAAUGCACCACAGUCUCCAUGCGGCGUUUUCCAAGUACAUCCGCAAAUCCCCCAACGGCCACAGGCCGCCUGUCUUCUGGGACCCUGUCUCCAUGAGAGAAGAAGCCUCUCUCUUCAACAGCAACGACCGUCACGGCUUCACCAUUGAAAGUGCAGCCACGUGCGCCGACAGCAAGGCAGCACAUCAGCUCGUCGUGAUGAAAAGCGACCGUUGCUACCACAAGUUUCUCCCCGCAAUUGGAGAACUCGUGGUUCUUCUUCGAUGGAUGCUUGAUGCAAUCAAUAAGCACAAGCGCUACCUGGGCAGGAAGCAGCGACAUAAGUCCCCCCAACAUGACUUCCCAACAAUGGUCAUUUCCUUCCUCCCUGAUGCUCGGGUCCGGAUCUUGCAAGGGUAUUUUGACGAUGGCCAACUCAAAGUAGCCUAUACCCAAGCACUGGACUUCGACACGGAGGACUACGCCGACAAGAUGGACACCCUCCUCCAAUGGGCAUGGCCUAUCGUGGAUGGCGACACCACUAAGCCCAUCCCUCUGCCAGCCAUUGAGGACGAUGAGGAGGAUGAAUGGGAUGAAUGGGAAAAGUGGGAACUGCGAUACCGGGAGGAAAGCGAGGACGAGGAUUCGAGUGAUCUGGGAAGCGAAGCCGACGACUGCAGCACUGAGGAGGAAGAUUCCCCCAGUGACUGGGAGUCGGACUACGAUGAGGAGGAUGAGAGUGACGAGGAGGAAAACACUCCCAUCGCCAUCUGGAGCGAUGAGGAGACAUUCAUGAUGUCUGAGGACAUCAAACAAAAAAACGAGAAAAACUGGAGAAAUUGA